AUGCCGAAAAACACAGCGUUUUGUUCAAAAUGGUUGCAAAAAUUAGAUAAUACUGGUAGAGUGUGUUCCCGGUGGCUUAAAAAAGGUAAAACUACCAGUUCGUUCCAAUGCAUUGUAUGUCGCACAGAUGAUCUCAGCUGUGCCAAUGGAGGAUGGGCUGAUAUAAAAAGACAUUUUGAUCGACCAAAACAUAUUCAAUGUAUGAAGGAUGUGUUUGGUUCUGUUUCACUUAUUGCAUCAAAUGAUCAAUCACCGCCUUUAUCAAACAAUAAAGAUGAUAAUAGUGUAUGUACAGCAACAGUAUCCAUCAAUGGAAACACAACAAGAAUUCCUUUUGUUACUAUUCAAAGUGAUAAAAGAGUAUUAACACAUGAAGAGAAAGUUACUCAGGCUGAAUGUAUAUGGGCAAUGGCUACUGCUCAACUUGGAUUUUCGUUUAAUUCAUCACAAUUUUUACCAGAAAUUUUCCGAUCUAUGUUUCCUGAUAGUCAAAUUGCUGCUGAUUAUUCAUUACGUCAACGAAAAUUAUCUUGUGUUAUUUCACAUGGAACUGGUUAUUAUUUCACCAAUGAAUUGAUUAAAGAUGUACGUAAAGCUUAUGGGUUUUCGUUGCUUUUUGAUGAAACAACUAUUGCUGGUGUUCGUAAACAAUUGGAUAUUUUUUUUCGAUAUUGGUCAGAAGCUAAAAAUUGUAUAUGUGUUCGAUUUUACAAAAGCAUCAUUCUUGGUCAUGCUACUGCUGAUAUUAUUUCUCGAUCUAUUAUUGAUUCAUUGAAAGCUGAUGGAAUCGAUAUUGCAAAAAUGUUGAUGCUUGGAAGAGAUAAUCCAAAUGUGAACAAGGCAAUAGAAGAAAUUCUUAAUAAAGAAAUAAUCACAGAGAGAAAAAAAAAAUCUUCAUCCGUACCAGUAUUUGGUCUUAUUUCAAUUGGUUCAUGUCCAUUACAUGUUAUUCAUGGUUCUUUUCGAAAAGGAAUUAAAUCCACAUCAUGGUUUAUUGAUGAAGCACUUAAUGAUAUGUGGUUCUGGUUUUCUCGUUCUGCUGCUCGUCGACAAGAUUUUAAAUUAGUUGCUAAUAGUAUAAAUGAAAUUUAUUCUCGAUUUCUUAAUCGUUUUGUUGACACUCGAUGGAUUGAAGUAGGUUCUGUUAUUGAGCGUGUAGUCGAUCAAUGGAAUGUUAUUAAAGAAUAUUUUCUUACAUUUUCGCCAACAACAGAUAAGAAGAUUGAAUCGAAUGAAAAAUACAAAAAUAUCAAAAUUAUAUUAAAUGAUAAUUACACUCUUGUCAAAUUCUAUUUUAUUCUGUUCCUAUAUCGAACAUUAUUUAAAAAAGUGCUUGUAUGGUUGCAACAAGAACAACCAUUAAUACAUUUGCUAUAUGGUGAAUGUUACAACUUAUUACGUAAUGUGUUGUUGUCAUUUGUUAAAGAAGAAGUUUUGAAAGAUAAAGAAGGAAUUCAACUACUGUCUGUUUCUUUCGAUCUGCAAAACAAUCAAAAGAAUAAUCUAAAUAUUGAUAUUGGUGAAAGUACUCGAACGUAUAUCAACAAUUUAUCGGUUAAUGAAAAAGUAAUCUUUUUUCAAGAUGUUCGACAAAUCUAUUGUACAAUAACAAAAGAAUUGAUUAAAUCAUUACCAAUAAAUAAUGAUUUUUUACGACAUUUGCAAUGUCUUCAACCUUCAGCACGAAAAGAACAAUCUUCUAGAACCAGUAUCAUGUAUCUUGCACGAAAUCUUCCACAUUUAUUAACCAAUGAAGAAGUAGAUCGAGUUGGUGCUGAAUGGCGUGUUUAUGAAAUGGCUGAUAUACCUGAAGAUUGGAUUAAAAGAAAUACCAAUUCGUUGAACAACGUCGUUGAAUAUGUACCAAUUGAUACAUAUUGGUAUCAUGUUUUUUCUACUCAUACAACAAUUGGUACACCACAAUAUGUAACAUUAACCAAACUCGUCAAAUGCUUGUUGUCUUUAUCACAUGGAAACAGUGAUGUAGAGAGAGGCUUCUCUCAAAACAAUCAUCUUGUAUCGGAUGAACGUUCAUCUUUAAAUGAAGCAUCUAUCAAUGGCUUACGAGUUACAAAUGCUGGUGUUAAAUUCUUUGGUGGUGGUAAAGUUCAUAUGGUACCAACAACAGCUACUUUAAUUUCGAAUGUACAAGAAGCACAUUCACGUUAUAUAAAAGAUAAUGAAGAACAACAAAAAUUAAUUAAAAGCAUUGAUGUUGUUAAUGGAAAACGUGCUUCUGAUGCUGAACAUGAACGAUUAGAAGAAAACGAAAUCGAAUUGUUAAAUAAACAAAAGAAUUUACAACAAGAAUUAAUGAAUGCAACUAAAAUGUUGGAGGAAGGGAGUGUAAGACUUGCUACAGCUUUGAGCAAUAAGACAUUUGAUGAUGUUGGUACAGCUGAAGUACUUGUAACAGCUGCUAAUGCUAAAUUAGCUGUUUUGAAAACUCAAUUAAUCGAGAAUAAUGAAAAUUUAAACCGAAUGAGAAAAAAGCAGAAAAAAAUGAAUGAUUAA